UAAUCAACAUGUAAAUAUGUAAUUAGCUUGAUGAUACCUUCAGAACACAUUUUAUUACUGGCGGGAUAAGGUCUUAUUUGAAACACCGCAGGACAGAGCUUUUGGGAACUGCUGAACCAUGUCAAGGGUUGAAUCUGUUUCGUUGGCAGUGUCACCGAUUGUUGGUCAGUGCGCGUGUAGGCAUGUAUCCGAAUCCAAUAAACAAAGAAAUGCAGGUCACCGAACUGUCGGUCGGAUGGAAAGGACUGUUUUGUGGUCAGUUGUCAUUGCUGGUAGCUUCCUUGUGAUUGGCUGUUUAGUAUUGGAGGUUAUUACUAGGAAACAAAUGAAGGUCCUCGCUGAGAGGUGUUUGACUCAUCAUGGCGGGGUGCAUACUCCCCAGAAAAAUCAUGUUGACGUCACUCCUACGAAAAACUCGUUUGCUAACUCGGAAAAGCAAAUCGAUGACAUGACGCCAUUGGAUGAUGACGCAAACUCCACGCCAAGAACAUGGAAGCGUCACCCUAGCAGGAAACGCGCACGUGCUUUGAGAACACAAUCAAGUCAGUCUCCAACACGGGCUUCACAUUUUGUGGCAAACAACGAUAGAUCUAACGACUUUCAAUAUUCCGAUGAGAGCUGUAUACCAAAGUGGGAUGGCAUGUUCUGUAGAAAUGGGACAUACUGGAGUGACAGAACGGCACAGAUUAUAAAAUUCUUCGUUGGUUCUGACUGGACCCGGAAUAACGAUUUUGGCAUCCAAUCAGCUCUUAACCAAUCAACGCCUGGGAUGUUUAGAGUGCAAGGGGGAGGUCUUUAUCUCAUCUACAUUAAUGUGAUGAUACGGACGACGGAAGAUAAGCAUGAUAUUGAGAUUUAUAGUGAUAACACCCGCCUUUUGCGAUGUCGACAAGGACUUGAUUAUGUACGGCAGACUACUGACAGGUACUUGUACUCGAAGACACGCACGUGCAGUGUGAUGGGUCUAUUCUACCUCGAGGAUGGCGCUGUACUGACGUCACGAAUAUUACAAGCACGUACCACAUUAUCCCUCGGACCGGACAGUACUAACUUUGGCGCCAUUCUCUUUACCUCACAUCCACAACUUGAUGACUUCAGUUACUUUGGUUAGAAAUGAAUAUCAUUAUAGAAUACACAAAUAAAGAAAUAUAUCAUUGUUAUAUUGUAUAUACUAAAAUGCACUACACUGUAAUACUAUCAUAC